GCAAGAGGUGCAUGAGGAGGGAGCUGCAGUGCCUGCAGAUCUACUGGAGCAUCCACCUGGGGCUCACCGAAGGAGAGGAAUUUUAUGAAGCCUCCCCGUACGAGCCGGUCACCUCUCGUCUCUCUGAUAUAUUCAGACUCGCUUCAAUUUUCUCAGGAAUGGACCCGGCCGCCACCUCCAAGAGCAACCACUGCCUGGACGCGGCCAAGGCCUGCAACCUCAACGACAACUGCAAGCGCCUGCGCUCGGGCUACAUCUCCACCUGCAGCCGCGAGCUCUCGGCCGCCGAGCCCUGCAGCCGCCGCAAGUGCCACAAGGCGCUGCGCCAGUUCUUCGACCGCGUGCCCGGCGAGUUCACCUUCCGCCUGCUCUUCUGCUCCUGCAAGGACCCGGCGUGCGCCGAGCGCCGCCGCCAGACCAUCGUGCCCUCCUGCUCCUACGAGGACAAGGAGAAGCCCAACUGCCUGGAUCUGCGUGGGGCGUGCCGGGCGGAUCACCUGUGCAGAUCCCGGCUGGCCGAUUACCACACCAACUGCCAGGCCACCUUCCAGUCCCUGACCAGCUGUCCCGGGGACAACUUCCAGGCGUGCCUGGGCUCCUACGCGGGGCUCAUCGGCUUUGACAUCACCCCCAACUACGUGGACGCCAGCACCACCAGCAUCACCAUCUCGCCCUGGUGCUCCUGCAAAGGCAGCGGGAACAUGGAGGAGGAGUGCGAGAAAUUCCUGCGGGAUUUCACGGAAAAUCCUUGUCUCCGAAACGCCAUCCAGGCUUUUGGGAAUGGCACCGACAUGAACGUGGCUCCCAAAAACCCCAGUCCCGCCGUGACGGUGCCGCCGAAGGCGGAGAAGAGCCCGGUGCUGCCGGACGAUGUCAACGACAGCAACACCGCCUACGACACGAGCGUCAUCAGCACCUGCACCUCGCUCCAGGAACAAGGCCUGAAACCCAACAAAUCCAAGGAGCAGAGCCUGUGCUACUCCGAGGCGCAGCUGACCACGGAUGUGAUGCCGGAGCAGAAGACGUUCCUGGAUCCCAAGGCGGGAAGCAGCCGGCACCGGGAGAGCCGGAUCCUGCUCCUCAUCCCCGUCCUGAUCCCGGCGCUGGGGCUAUAGAGGGGCGGCAAGGAGCGGCCGGGGGCACGGGGACACUCUGACCAGACCAGUGCCCACCAGUGCCCACCAGUGCCCACCAGUGCCCACCAGUGCCACAGACUGGAAUGCUCCCAAAUCCCGGGAAUGCCGAGCUCCGGAGAGGCAGCAGGACCCUUCAGCACGCUGGGAAACUUUGGUGGUUUUUCUUCCAACUUUUUGGUUUUUCCCAGGA